AUGACGAACCUGAGGGAUCUGAUAACCCAAGAGGGAGCAGCAGUAGCGUGCGCGAAGCGGAGAGACGCUCUCUGUUUCAUCCGAUUCCUGAUAGAGCAGAUUUCAGUACCAGCAUUGAACACCUGUGCCAAGAUGUUGAGGGAGGGCGAUGAACGAGCAAAAGCCUUACUCUUGCUAGCACUGCUCUCCAGCAGUGCUAGCAAGAGUAAGGCUUUUGCUCGUUCACCGCCCUCCAUCAACAUCUUGGCACAGGUGUUCAAUGCUGGUACUGAAAUGCAUCAAAGCAAGCCGAUGAGGGUGAAUAUGAAAGAACCUGAGGAAAGCAACACAGUGAGAGCUUCUUUGGAUUCUGAGUUCGAGAAACGAACCGGAUUGGACAACGAAGACAUUAGAAUUAGUCGCAAGUCGUCAGCGAUAAGCAUUUCUUUGCACAGACCAAUGAAUACUCAUAGCCAAAGCACCGAGAAGGCUGGUGAUGCUGGAACAACUCAUUGUGACGAAAGAGAACAUCCUCUUCAAAUCAACACUACUAUUCGAAAGUCGGACAACAAACAAAUCACAAGGCGGAAACGCAAACGCGAAAUAGCGAUGGAGACUUUUUUCAGAUCUAUGAAUCCAGAUGCCAGCGACGACCGUAAAGAGCUUCUCGGUGGAGUUGAAUCACCACAAUCUGCAUCUACAAGCUCGACGCCAAUGUUCAAUGUCAUAGACCGUGGCUACGCAGCAGAAAGAGUUAACGAAAAACCGACUUUCAUUUUAUUCGGCUCGCAAACAAACAAUCACCAAGAGGAUUUUAAGACUACAGAAUCUGCAAUUGACGAUGGAGGCCAGAAAACAGAGCAAGACACCUCAUAUCUGAUGAUGGAACCAGAUAUGAACAGAAAAGAAAGACACAAGAAGCGGGGAAAGAAAGUAAAAGAAAAAACACCAAGCAAAGCUCACUUUCAGCUAGAGAAAAUCAAUUCGGCUUCUUCGAACGACGCAGUUCCAUUCACAGAAGCCGAAAAAUUUCGUGACGACUCGACACAGGAAAAAAUAGCUUUCGAAUCAUCUUUAGCGAACAUGAAUGAACAUUUUUUACCUGAACAAAUACGAAAUGAAGAUGAACAAACAAGAAAUGACGAUGAACAAACAAAACAUGAAGAUGAACAAAUAAGAAUUGAUGAUGAAACUGAUAACCACAUGCCAUAUUUUCCAAAUUUCAGUGAAACUGAAUUUGAUGGAAGAUAAAGCCUAAUAACAGCUUUUUU